UUAGGAACAGAAUAGUAAGUAACAGGAAGCAAUUGGAAAGAAUGGUAGAAUUGAUGGAGCAAAAUCCUGAAGUGGCAAGGGGGAUGUUGUCCAAAGUGGACCUAGGAAAAAAGUGGGAAGCUAUCGCAGUGGAGUUGAAUAGUUUGGGGCCUCCACAACGCGACUCAACCAAGUGGCAAAGAGUAUGGAUUGAUCAAAAAACAAAAAUUAAAAAAAAAGUUACAAAAAAUAAGAUAGAGACAAUUGCAACUGGCGGAGGACCUAAUAAAACAAUCCGAUUGACUGAUGAUGAAGAAGCAGUAAGUCGCCUAAUGCGUUUUAAUGCCUGUGUUAAUCCCCCGGGUGUUGAAUUUGGGUUGCAAUUAACAAAUUUGACUGACGAAGGUGUUAUUGCCGACAAAGACGAAGCAGUGCAGGUUGAAGAAAUGAAAAAAAAAGACUUGCAUUGCUGGAAAACCAAACGUCGGCACAAGACAAUUUUUACAGCAAAAUGAUUUCUGAGAUGAGUAGCAUGCAAACAACAUUGAAUCAUCUUAAAUAAAAUAUUCCUAUAGCAACCGAAUUAAACAUCGUCAAUAAAAAGUAAUUUAAAAAAAAAUGCGUACAAAUCGCUGUUUCUUUAAAUUUAUAUUUUAUUCUAUGGAGAGAAUGAAAAAAACGUACCUUUUAUAAUUUUUUCUAAAUUUAUUUGAGACGUAUCAACCAAGAAUUUGUGGUUGAUAUGAUAAUUGAUGUGUAUCUAUUUUUUUGAUAUCCGUAAUACCAAGUAAUGUCAAAAAAUCAUUCACAAUAAUGAUAAAAUUCACAGUUCAUCAACAAAGUUGAUAGUUGAUAGCCAUAAUACCAAUGCAUCAAAAAUAUUGUUAUGUAUCAAGUAUCUAGUUGAUAGUUGAUAGCUAUAAUA